CGGUCUCCACGCCGCGCGACGCGUUUCUAACUAACGUUCCGCAGUUCACGAACUACACAUAUCAAAUUUCACGUGAAAAUUUGAUAUCGUCGUCGGUUUUGUGCUAACAGUGUGUGAAAGUUCGCGCAUUUAUUGGUAAAGGUGACAAUACUUUACUAAGUUACUUGUUAAAUUGUGUUUUUUGAAAAUUAUUUGCGAUGUUGUGUUUUGUUCCGUUUAUACCAGUGAUUUUUCAUCUGUUUUGUUUUUAGUAACCAAAAUGUAGUUAACUCAAACGAGGGUUAGGAUUAUAUUAGAUUACGAUGUCAAUUGACCAAGCGUCACCGCUGGUACCCAUAAAGCCGCAAGUGGCCUUACAAAACAGUGCAUUUAUAAAAAAUAGCCACAACAGGAGUAGUUUUUGCGGCGUGGUUCCAUCACCAACAAAUGGAAAUAGCAGAGGAACGUUCAAAACUUUUGCUGUGAAUAGAAAGAGUUGGAGUGGGAACGUGACGCUGCCUCUUCAGCCAGCGCCGGAACAAACUCCACAGCUAGCAACUUUUCGCUCCGGAACUGGGACGUUUCCUAGAAACAGGGAGCGGAACAAUAACAGUUGUGCUUCGAACGGAAUAUUAACGCCAAACGGGAACUCCGUGCAGAGUUUCAGAGGAAAUGAAGUGAGGAGGAACGGAGUCACCAAUGGCAGACGCUAUGCCGAAAUCGGAAACUUUAAAAGAAAUGCGACCUUCCUGGAGCCCCAUCUACAAGGCGUGAGGCGUCGUGAUAGUCGAAGUUCAGAUUCUGAUCACGAUGAACGUUCCACCGAAGACGACGAGCGGUGCCUUAUCCGCAGCUCACCCCGUACGAGGCUACCCCCUCCACCUCCACCCCCGCCAGACGACGAGCCUCCCCCACUGAAACCCAGAGAGUUCUUCGAACGUCUUCAGAGCCAAGCGAUGAAAGAAGCUCAGGAACGAAAAAGGCCAAGAGACCUGCAGCUCAAGAACUCCAGUCGGCUGUUCAGGCCAGUUGACGCUGAUGGCAGUAUUGGAGACAGCCUUAGUCAAAGCCGCGAAAGUUUGUCUUCUGAUGGCGAAGGUGCCCGAGGGGACUGUUCCUCCGUCGGCUCCUCAGGGUCGGGAUCGGAAGAGCAACCUCCGUGCGACAUCGGGCUGCUAGAGCGACUCAUCAGAACACAUCCAGUGUGGUUUUUGCCUGGCAUACAGAGAGCCGGAGCCUUCCAUCUACUACAGGGGAAAGAGGAAGGGAACUUUGUUGUCCGGCAGUCAAGUCAACCCGACACAAUGGCGAUCAGUGUGCGAUUACCUGCCGACAAAGGGCCAUACAUCGAACACUACUUGAUCCAAGCUUCUGGUGGCCGCAUUGGACUUGAAACUUCUCACAACAGAUUCAAUAAUAUACCUGAAUUGAUAGCACAUUACUCUCAAUGUUGUGAUGAGUUACCAGUCCAGUUGCAACUUCCUCGUCCGCUACGUGAAGCGAAGAGCCGUCAUCAACUGAAUUCCCUAGCUUUACUCGGUCAAGAAUUUUGGGGUUACCCAAUGGCAAACCCAAAAAACAGCUCGCAGAAUCUCCUCUCCCCAUGUCAAUUAGCUAACGAUGUAGUGCCUAUGGCAGUCACUCCUUCUGACACCGGAUCUAGUCUAAGCAGUUUCAAUGCGAGUACCGGAACAAUCACCAAAGAUAAUGUUCUCAGCCCAGAAAAAGAUCAAAAUGUUGUGCUAAAGAUGUCACCCAUAGAAACAUCGGGUUCCCCACCGAAACAAAACCAGAACCUUAGCACAUUUAAAGGCAGGGUUGGACCAUCUCCACCAGCAAAACCUACCGGAGGAUUUAUUAGAGCACCUAGACCAAUCCCACCAAAUACGCUAAACCUUUUGUCUAGUACCGCUCAUAUAACGCAACCUCAUUCAUUCCCUACCACCAACACUAUUUCCAAUACGCAGCAUUCUCCUACCCAAAUCAUCAAAACAACACCACCACCCCCACCACCGAGAUGGGCCAAACCACCAUUCUCGAAAAACCCAUUAUCACCCCAAUCCGAAAUCCAAGCGUUCAGCCCAAUUAACAAAACUCCACCGAACGGAAAUAUAACCGUAACCACGACAGUCACGUUCAGUGUCAAUAACACACAAAUUCACAAUCACCAAAUAAAUGAGAGCAUACAAAGCGAUCGGCUACAACUAACGCUUCCAUCUAAUGCCAUCAACAAUAAUGGCUGCGUAGACAUGUUCAAUAUUAUGGGAUCAGCAAAGAACCUUGCUGAUUCCAAUGACGAGACACAGAACUUGAUGCAUCGUAUGUCACCUGAGGGAGAGUGCAUCAAUGCAAUGACAGCUAGUUUGCACGGCAGCUUCAAAAGAAAAGUAACUGAUCAAAAUCUCACCGAAGUUGGAUCACCGAUCGAUCUACAGUCUCAGGCAAACACAUCAGAAUCUGCUGAUCCUAUUGUAAACAGUCUUACUAAAUCAAGUAACAGUUUUGGGCCUAAUCAGUUGGUAUCACCCAACGGUACUAACUCAGUAACUAGUGGUAUAUUUUCCCCAACAAGUCAGAUCAAUUCUCCCGUAUCUAACGACACAAUUUCUUCUAAAAGCGGUGUCUUUUCGCCUUUAAGUCAAACUAACAAGAGUGAAAUUUUCUCACCUAUAUCGAGAAGUUCACCUAUAUCAGGCAAAAGCGUAUUCUCUCCUACUUCGAAUCAGUCCAUUGUGUCUCCUAUGCUGGGUAAAGAUAGAGAGAAAUUGUUGUCCCCUAUUACGAACACGACGAGUUCUACGCCAUCUGGUAGAUCGAGGAGGAGUCGACACUCCCAACGAAAGGAGUCCAGGCAUUAUCAGGAAUCAGAUAUCCUAGAAUCUCCAGGAGUGUAUUACCGCAGUUCGUUAGUGGACAAAGUAUCAGAUUAUGAAGAUAUUUGGGGCCCAGAAAGCAAUAAUUGUUCCACCUUCAAACCUAUGAAAACCGAAAAUGAUAGUAGUAUAAGUAAUGGUUUUAUGAAAAGUAAGAGACCAGAUCUUUUGCCAGACACACUGCCGAAACUAAAUGCAGCCAAAAGUGCGCAAUCCAUCCUCGAAAAGGAAAACUUGCAUAUACUAAAUUCAAACGAAAGCUUGAAUGAAAAGAAAAAUUUCUCCGAUGGCUCUUUGAAGAAGAGCUUUAGUGGUUCAAAUGAAAUUAUUGCAACUACAAAUAGUAAAGGAGAAAUUAUACCAAAGAGGCCAGACAAACUUAAUAUUUCAAUGAAUAUGAAUAAAAAACUCACGGAAGAAAUUAAAACUGCAUUUAAAAAUAGGGAAAAUCAUAAUAUUGAAAGUAUGGAGACUGUGAAACUUGAAGAUGAUUGUAUUAAGGAUUGUAACGGUGAUGACUCUGAAAAAGAUAAUGCUGGAAGUCCUUUUUACGCUGACCCAGUGGAUACUCUCAAAGAAGCUGGCCUACCACCCGUACAGAGACGCAAGCUAAUAAGAGUCGGAGUGAGUUUGUCACAAAGAUACUCAGAGCCACCGAAUCAAAAUCAUCCCUAUUACCCUCUGAGAGAUAUGCACAGCAUAGAAGAGCUUUCACCGUCUUCCCCCAACACAUCUACAUCAGUCGAUAACCUGGUAUCGCUUCGAAACAAGCCAAAAAUAAAGCCGGUUCAGCCUCCUCGCAUCGCCAACAAGCCCCCCACAGGCAAGAACGACCAGACUUGGACCGUGGACUCUAGUUGGGAGUUCAUAAGCAAAAAUGAAGAAUGUUCGAAUAGUGAGAGCGGUACGUUCCCAUCACUAGCUGAACAAGAAACAAGACUGAGCAGUGUGGAAGAUACGGUGCAGCAUUUAUCCAUACAUCAAGUUGUCGCACAAAGGUUUCCGGAACUACGACUGAACUCGGAUCCAGUAGCCUUGCCUGAAGAAGUGCGAUCGCCACCAAGAGCGUCGUGCUACGAUAAUGUACACGAUUUAAGACCAGUCUCCGAGCAGGCAAGUGAUGAUGGAACCGUGUUCUCUGAGCCUUGGGACAGCUCACAGUGGGAUGGGCUGUUACCACCUUCCGUUGGCCUACAAAUUGACGACAAUGACGAGCCAUGCGAGUGGGAGUCUCCGAUACCACGCCGGGGGCCUGUCGCUGCGACCAGAGCUAAGAGCUUCCGGGAUCGCUUGGAUCCGUUACUUGCUGCAGGUAGAGUUCGAGCGCUUCGUGGAGGAAGGACGUCGAGAGGCGCAGGUGCAGCAUUGAGAGCAUACGCAUUGCAUCUUGCACAAGACAAGAGUACCACCUUUGCGCAAAACAUCGACAACUUUAUUGCAUGCACUUUGGACUCGAAGGAGGCUUGCCCACAGGUGGUGAUGCGCAACAUGAGACAAUUUAUGUCUGGUAUGAAGAAUUAUUUGGUUAAACAUGGCGAAAGGGAGUUUGAGAAGGAAGUCGAAAAGGAAAGGCUCAAGCUAAAGUCAACUGAGUUCCUGAAUAUAGACGCAAUUUUAGAAGGUGUGAUGCAUCGGCUGGUAGUUCGACCGCUGCGUUCACGGCUAUAUACUCUUCUAGCAUCAUGGCAUGCUGCUGAUAUAAGAAGACUACAUGCGGCUAUAGAAAGAGCACAGCAUGCGACGCCUUUGCAGCUAGGAGUCAAGGAAUCCACAAAAGUACCAUCGUCAGCAGUCUUAGCAGUGAUCUCAAAACAUUUCCUGAAGAUGCAAGAGGCUGACUCUCCAUUGGAUAAGCUUGAAAAUCUUCUUGCUGCCAUUUCAGUCAUGUUCAACUCAAUUCGUGGCGAACGAGCUCUAGGAGCGGACGAUCUGCUCCCAGUUCUAGCAUGGACGGUAGCUCGAAGCCGUCUUGUCUGCGCGGAGUUGGAAGCAGAACUGAUGGCGGGGCUGCUUCCUGCGGCUCUGUUAGCCGGGGAGGGAGGGUAUUACCUUACUGCCUUGUUCUCUGCCGUCGCCGUAUUAAAGAGGCUCGCCCCUGACUCUGGGCCUGAUAGUACUUCUCCUCAAUGGCGUCGUGGUUCAAUAGAGGGCAACCGCGACGGGUGUCCUAUAGCUGUAGUUCGUGUGGCUCUACCAGAUGAGUGCAGAGGGUCCAUUCGCAGAGUGGCCUUGCCUUGUCGCCCUGGAGCCAGAGCCAGGGACCUGUGCCGUGCCCUGGCUCAUGCAGCAGCCAUCACAAAUCCGCAAGAUUAUGCCCUGUUCGCUUUACACGAUGGACAUGGUAAAUAUUUACCAUUCUCUUCAAGAUAAUUGUCAGAUAAUGUAUGUAUUCAAUGUUUGAGAUGAACAGAUCCGUUCAAAGAUCAGAGCAGUAAUUAGCUUGGAAAAUAUCAUUUGAAGUUCACAGAGAUUUUGUUAUGCAAAGCUGCAAAUUAGUUGAAUGAAUGAAUGAAUGAAAUAUUCUUUAUUGCUCAUAAAAUUACAGUUAAAAUACAAUACAGU